AUGUCGGACACAAUGAUAAGAAACCACGAUGGCCGCUUCAAGAAUAUCGUCAAAGCAACCGAUCGCCCCAAAAGCAUCUCUGGCUUCUUUGCCAAGAUCUUCCUUCCAAAGGACUAUCCCAGAUCCGUGUCUGAAGACUACACCCGAUACCAAAUCUGGGACUCGGCACAGGCGUUAUGCUCAUCCGUCACUGGGGCUUUGGCGAUUCAUUCCGUAUUCCAAGGCAUCGGAGUUGGUGACAGUCACGCUUCCUCUCUCUCCGCCACGACUAACUGGAUUGUUCGGGAUGGAAUAGGCAAGAUCGUUUCGAUCUCUUUCGCCUACUACAAAGGGUCUCAAAUUGACGCCGAUUGUAAGCGCUUCCGGCUCUUCGCUGAUGUCGUCAAUGAUGUGGCCCUAACAUUGAACAUUAUCUCUGCUGUUUUGCCACCAGGAGUUCGACCGUACAUUUAUUGUAUCACCUCUUGCUGCUGGGCGCUCGUUGGUGUCGCUGGCGGCUGCUCACGGACCGCAAUGACAAUUCAUCAGGCGCGACGGGAUAAUGCUUCCGAUGUUCAAGCAAAGGACCAAAGCCAAGAAACACUCGUUGGACUAGUUGGACUUGUAUUCAGCUACUUUCUUGUCCCUCUGAUGCGCCUGAGUCAAAUUGACUGGCCACAAGAUCCCGCAAGAUGUUCGUUUCUGUGUACUCGUCUCAAGGAGCGCGAAGCAAACCCGAUUUCCUUCGAUAAUAAAGUUAAAUUCUGGUCGGAUAUAUUCGCAUGCUAUUGUGUGGAAUUGCUAGCACUCUCCUUCGAUAUCGACGAUAUGAAGAACUUUGUUCAGAGAUUAGAUGAAAACGUGGAAUCAUUCGUGCCAGUCUGCCUGGAUCAAAUCCUGGAAGUGGCCGCUUGCAAAUGCAUAAAAAAGGUUGACUACGAGAAAAAUCUUUCCUGGGGAUCGUGGACCAUGUCAAUCAUCUCUUCUCCGGUUUCGGCCAUGUCUAGAUUCAGUCCGAUUCGAAAGAAGGAAAAAGAAUUCUACGUGCACAUUGAAUACGUCGAAAAAGUAGCGGAAGAGAUAGAGGAGACAUGGCGCAUCCAGGCGAGCAUUCAAUCCGAUCUUCACAUUUUGUCGUGGAAAGAAAUGGCCAACGAAGAGAACCAUUUGAUCAGGCACGCUUCCGACGUGCCGCUGCUCUGCAAAUUACGAAAAGAUCUGUAUUGCGACGAGGAACUUCAGUUGGUCAAGAUCGACGAGCAGCCGCAGCCCGACGAAGCUGCCUGGCCGAAACUGAGGGCGCUGCUCGACGAGCAGUCCGACGUAGCGGAACGGCAGACUCAGAUCAUCACGGAGAAGUCGGGGAAGCUGCGCGCCAAAAUCCGAGCGCGAGAAGACAAGCAAGGCCAGUUGAAAUUGCUCAAAGAAAAGAAGCUGGCCGAGAAGGCGCAGCAAAUGACCUGGGACAGAGUUAAUAAGCUUGUCGAUAUACUGGACGCGUACAGAUCGAACCUCACCAAUAAAAAAGUUAUUGAUGUGAUGAACGAGGCUAACGAAGGAAUGAAGCGGGUGAAAAAGGAAAUGCCCGACAUAGAAGACGUCCAUAAACUUCUGGACGACAUCGAGGACCAUCAAGACGAUCUACACGAAGUUCAAGAAGCCAUCGCUCGAGAUCUGUCCUCGGCGAGCGAAGAAGAGCUCGAAAAGGAGCUCAAUCAAAUUCUGCGAAACCCGCAGACGCACCGCGACUCGCUCGAUGAGAACGUCGAUGAUCUCCUCAAAGGGCUCACCAUCUCCAGCCACAUUCCAAAAAGCUCUCCGAAGUACCAAUAUCCGUCUCCAUAUAUUGAAUCCCAGCUUUUACCUUGA